AUGCUGCAGCAGUUUUCAACCAUCACGAAGAAGGAUCGCAACAAAGGAAAUCUCGAGCAAAUUGUUUCUAUACCUAAUUUAACCGGAUUAUUUAAUGCUAAAGAUGAUUGGACGAAUCUUAAAGAUGAAAGAUGUUCGAGAAGACGAGAAAAAAAAAGUUUACGCAUAAGCUGGCUCAUGACUUUGAGCCUUAGUCCUCUCAUUGAUUGUGUUCUCUUUUGUUCUUCUACGCCCAAAUUUACGCAACUUUUUAAAUAUUUAAAGAGUUUUUUCGUCUUUCUUGCCAUUAAUUAA